AGACAAUCAGACAGCAGACAUGACUCUCCUCUGCUGAACGUGUGUCUUUAGCUGAGGUCAUCAGCUAGAAAGAAGACUUUCCUGGACAUCAGCGUUCUUUGAUGUUUAAACUUAUUUGAUAUCUUGAUAACUAAAAGGUGCUUGUACUUGGUCUGGUCGACUUGACGGUGAAUUAUGUUCCAGCUUGAGGGUACCAUAAGGAGAUUUCUUAUAUGCUUUGUUAUAAGCAUCAUUAUCAUCUUAGGCAUAUAUUUUGCUGGCAGAUUUAAUUAUGCUCCAAGGCAAAAGCUGCCUGUCUUGAGAUGCCGUCCAUUUCCUGAAAAAUGUAACAUUUUGCCACCUACCACUCCUUACACAAGAUGGGAAAGAACAGAAUGCCAGGAGCUGAACUUCAACAGUCCACUCGACUGCUACCACAUACACUCAGAGCAUCAUUUUAUUAUGGAGACCCUGAACAAAGAAGAGGAGGACUACCCUCUGGCCUUCAUCAUCACUAUCCACAAAGACCUGGAGAUGUUUGUGCGCCUGCUCAGAGCUAUCUAUGCACCACACAACAUCUACUGCAUUCACAUAGAUGCCAAAGCUCCGGAAAAUUACAGACUAAGUGUUGAGAGAUUGGUAGAGUGUUUUCCCAAUGUCUUUCUAGCCUCAGUUAGCGAGACAGUGACUUAUGGUGGUUUUUCUCGCCUGAAGGCUGAUAUUAAUUGCAUGGAGGACCUGGUGAGGUCUCCAGUCAAAUGGCGAAGGGUGAUAAACCUGUGUGGCCAGGAUUUUCCUGUCAAGAGUAACCUGGAGAUGGUCCGAUAUAUGCAACAGGAAGAAUGGAGAGAUAACAACAUGACUCCUGGGAUCAAACAGCCAGUGUACAUACGACACAGGACUGAAAUACAACACAAGGAAAUCACAGGUCGCUAUGUGGCCUCCUUAGGUAAAGACUACAAAAAGUCCCCUCCUCCACACAACCUGACAAUCUACUUUGGUACAGCCUACUACAGUCUACAUACAAUAUUUGUGUAUUACGUGCUCACCAGCUCAGUGGCCAAAGACCUGUUGGAGUGGUCAAAGGAUGCAUACAGCCCAGAUGAGCAUUACUGGGUAACCCUUAAUCAUGUGGAAGAUGCCCCUGGCAGCAAGAUAAACGCUGGCUGGGCGGGUAACAUUCGGGCUAUUAAAUGGAAAGACCAAGAAGGGACAGCACAUCAAGGCUGUAACGGAACUUACAUCAGGGAUGUCUGUGUCUACGAUGUUGAGGAUUUACCCUGGAUAAUUGAGAUGAACAGCAUGUUCGCAAACAAGUUUGACAGCUCUAAAUUUCCUGAAGCUCUGGACUGCCUAGAACAGUGGCACAGGCACAAAGUUUUACAGCAGGCAUCAGUGCCCAUUCAGUCAUCAUGGCAACUUGCAAGAGAAGUCAAUAUUAGUACUGCCACAAUAGCAGACUGAACGAAAAAAGGUUAGAGUUAAUACUUACA